ACUAUAACAAACCAUAAUCAAGGCUCUCCCCUCAAUAGCAAACCCCAGCUACCUUACUUACUUCAAUGGCUACUCAUCAUUCAUCAAAUAUCAUGGCAUUUAAACCUCUCAAUCUCAUACAACUCUUUAUAUUAACAUUCCUUUGUGUCUAUUAUAUGUAAUAAAUAGUGAGUCCCACUUUCAUCAAGAGUAGUUCCAAUCUUCAUAUUGUUUAAGUGAAAUUCCAAUGAGAAUUUUCUAUUCACAACUCACUAUUGAUAAUGUACUCUCCAUUGUUUAGUCUUUGUCUAAUCUUUACCUUCUUCCUUCUCUCCUCUGCUACUCAUCGUCGCCUUCUCCAUCAACCGCUUCCUCCAACUUCAACUCCAUCCAUUAAUAAAGCUAAACCUUUAUUUCCUUCUCCUCAUUUUCAUCCAUUUUUCGUAUUUCUUCUUCCUCCUCCGCCACCUUCGAAUGAUUUUGCCACUUUCCCUGCUAACAUUUCCUCCCUCAUUCUUCCACAUUCAGUGCAUUCCUCUAAUAAUUCCAUCACCAACAAAUUCAUCGCCAUUCUCGUAUCAACAUCCAUCCUCUCUGCUACAUUCGUCACUGUCCUUGUUCUUUUCUUUUUCUUUUACCAUCGCUAUCCCCACCGUGAAGAUGAACACUAUGAUGAUGAUGAUCACAAGACGAAUGAUACUCUCCGACUUGUCUCAUCUAGUACAACCCCUUCACACAUUGAAAUUGAAAAGGAAACGUCGUCAACAUUUCUGAGUUGUAGGGAAGAAAUUGCUCAAACUUCUACUACCUCAAAUGACUAUGUCAUGCUAAACUACCAAAGAAUUGGAUCACCAGAACUCCGUCCUCUCCCUCCAUUGCCACGACAUCAAUAUUUCAACCAACAUCUUAAUAUUGAAUCAUUUGAAGAUGAAUACGACGGAUUCUUCUCCCCUAGAGGAUCCUCUGGGGGUAGAGGAAGUCCCGAUUUCAUACAAAGAAGUUUCCGGUAUCAAUAUCUGAAUUACAAUUCCUCAAAUGAUUCAUUAUCCAAUAGCCCUUCUGGAGAAGUGAGUUUGGUUAAAUUUCCAGCACGGCCGAGGUUUAUUCUUCAGCAAGUGGAACAUAGGCCAAUGUCAUCGUCUUCAAUAUCUUCCGGUAGUACUCAUAAUUCCCCUGCUUCUCAAAUUUCAAGUUCCUCACUACAGAAUCCCGUGUCUACUAUGAGUAAAUUCGAAUAUCCUGAGAGGUAUGUAUCGAGAAGACUUCCACCUCCACCACCACUGCCACCACCUCGAGUAGUAAUCGAAAAUGAUGGGCCAUCGAUGCCCGUUUCAUUCCAUAGUGCUGAUGGAGAAAGUAUAAAGCCAAAGCUAAAGCCUCUGCAUUGGGAUAAAGUCAGAGCCAACUCAGAUAGAGCAAUGGUUUGGGAUCAACUGAAGUCUAACUCUUUUCAGUUAAAUGAGGAGAUGAUUGAAACAUUAUUCACUAUAAAUUCUUCAAAUUUAAAUUCAAAAGAAGGUGUAAGACUCCCAAUUAUUCCUGUGAUGAAUCAAGAGAAGCAGUUGCUUGACCUAAAGAAGUCUCAGAACAUUGCAAUUUUGUUGAGAGCACUUCAAAUUACUAGUGAUGAAGUUUGUGAAGCACUUUUAGAAGCAAACCAACCAGGUAGUGCAGACACACUCGGAAUGGAGCUACUGGAGAGUCUGAUGAAGAUGGCUCCCACAAAAGAAGAAGAACGGAAGCUGAAGAACAUCAAAGAUGAAUCGCCCUUCAAACUAGGCCCUGCUGAGAAAUUUCUCAAGGCAGUGGUUGAUAUACCUUUUGCAUUCAAGAGAGUGGAUGCAAUGCUUUACAUAGCUUGUUUUGAUUCUGAGGUCGAAUACCUAACCGAGUCAUUUCAGACAUUCGAGAUUGCAUGUGAAGAGUUGAGGAAUAGCAGAACAUUUUUAAGGCUUUUGGAAGCUGUACUCAGAACUGGAAACCGUAUGAAUAUGGGAACAGACAGAGGAGAUGCACGUGCCUUCAAGCUCGACACACUUCUUAAGCUUGUCGAUAUUAAAGGUGCUGAUGGAAAAACCACCCUUCUGCACUUUGUUCUUCAUGAAACUAUUAGAGCAGAAGGUUCUCAUCUUUCUGAUGCAGAGUUAUCGACUCACGAUGAGUCUGAGUUUAAAAAUGGUGUUCACGUUAUCUCUGCCUUGAGCCACGAGCUUGCUAACGUGAAGAAAGCAGCUGUGAUGGACUCGGAUAUUCUUAGCAAUGAAAAUGCAAAACUAGCAGCAGGAGUUGCUAAGGUUACUGAGGUUCUAAAACUGAAUCAAGAGUUUGUUUUGGAUGAGAGUAGCAGAAAGUUUUCCGAGUCGAUGAAUGGAUUCUUGAAGAAAGCGGAGGGAGAGAUUAUGAAUAUACAAGCUCAAGAGGAAUUUUCUCUAUCCAUGGUAAAGGAGCUAACAGAAUAUUUCUAUGGAGACUUGGCUAAAGAAGAAGCUCGACGGAUCAGGAUAUUUAUGGUAGUUAAGGAAUUCCUCUCUAUCAUUGAUCAAGUGUGCACAGAUUUGGAAAAAUAAAAGAGCAAACAUUGUAUAUUUCACAAGUUUUUCGUGUUGACAGUGAAGGCAACAAGGCAACUCUUCUGAAGAUGAAAUAUCCUGGAGUUCUUCAUCCCUAUAUGUAUUUUUUAUGUAUUAUACAGAGAUCUUACCAUAU